UACAAAUUCGAUUUCCAGUUCAGCUGAGAUUCCACAGCAGUGCAUUCUAUCUCAAGUCAAGGAGAAGUUGUCGAAGAAAAUCAUUUUCUAUAGAUUAUUUUGUAAAAGAAGAAAUAAGUUCAGAAUGAAAUCACAACGAAUUCCUGUCGCUGUAAACAAAGAGAAUACUCAGGAAGAAGCAGCAAGAAAAACGCGUGCAACUACUUCAAAGUACAUGGCGUCUGAUUUUAGAAAAUUUACCGAAAAUGCUAAACGGCAAGCAGAAGAAUCACCGAACAACGCACCCACAAGGAAACGUUCGGCGUUAGGCGAUGUGACAAAUGCUUCACAGGUGGAACUAGUAUCAAAGGAUUCGAAAGCAAAAUACAUUAUUAAACCAAAGGUUGAGAAGAACGCUAAUCGUCUAUCAUCAACAAUUCAAACUCGACAAAGAUCCAUGGAAUCGGCUUCAGUGGUUAAAAAAAAUGCCAAAAACAAAGCGGAGACACUGCAAGGAGCAGGAAAAAAUGUUGAAAUAGAGAAACCUUCCAUUACUGAUACAGACCUAGAUGAUAUUUUAUUGACAGAGCUCACAGAAAAAACACAAUUUGACCAAAGUGACAAAACUCUAGGCUCAACUGUUGAUUCCAUCACUGAAGAAGAAAUGGCCACCAUAAAUGCUGCUGAAAUAGAUGACAUAGACUUGGAUGUGACAGAUGAAUUCGCUGUUGCUGAAUAUGCAAAUGAAAUUUUUAAGAACAUGAAGAAUCGUGAGGAGAUGUAUGUUCUCACUCCAUACAUGUCAAAACGGUCAAAAUUAAAUGGAAACAUGAGAGCUAUUUUGGUUGAUUGGCUUGUUGAAGUUCAGGAAAACUUUGAAUUAUAUCAUGAGACUUUGUAUCUUGCUGUAAAAAUUGUUGACCAUUAUUUGGAGAAGAAUGAUAUUGAAAGAGACCAACUUCAGUUGCUAGGUGCUACAGCAGUUUUUUUGGCUUGCAAAAUUGAGGAAAAGCAUCCUCCCUAUCUUGACGAUUUCCUCUUUAUCUGUGACGAUGCCUAUAACAAGGCAGAUUUGCUCAAAAUGGAAAUGAGAGUGUUUGCGUCUUUAGACUUUUGCUUAGCUAUUCCAAUUCCUUAUAGAUUUUUAAGGCGAUAUGCUAAGGCUGCUCAUGCCAGCAUGGAAACUCUGACAUUGGCUCGUUAUAUACUUGAAACCUCGUUAUUAGAAUAUGAUUUUAUAACCCUUAAAUCCUCAAAGAUGGCAGCUGCAUGUCUUGCGUUAGCAAUGGCAAUGAAGAAGUUGGGCUCGUGGACUCCAACCUUGGAAUAUUACACUGGUUAUUCCCGCACUGACCUAACGGAACUUGUAGGAAAACUCAAUGUCCUUAUUUCAGUUCAGCCCAAAAAAAACCUAAAAACAAUACAUUCAAAAUACUCCCACCCUGUCUUCUUCGAAGUUGCCAAGACGCCAAUCUUAAAUGUUCUGGCAAAAUAAAUACAUUCUUGUUCUCAGUUAAAAUACUGAAACAGAUGUUUUUGCAUGUUAGUCUGAGGUAGCUUUUAGAGUAGUAAUUUUAAUGUCUCAUUUUCAGUCAAAAUAUGAAAGCAUGUCAAGUUAUUAAACUGUGUAUAUAACUGUGUAAAUUUUUAACCUUAAUCAUAAAUUAUAUGUAAUAUUUCGAGAA